ACGAUUGGCAGCGAGCGAAACGGCAGACGGGUCCGGAUGCCAACGCCAUUUAGGUCUUCAUGACAGCUGGCAUUCCGCCCACAGGGGAACACUAGCGCCAUCUAUUAAUGGUCGGCUGAAACUAUUCGUCAGGUUACCGACCGACUUCUCAAAACUAUGUCUCAAAAGGAAGCCUGUGGGGUCCCUGACACCCCGGAUGCCAUGCAGAGUUACCUGUGCUUCGGGGUCCCUGACACCCCGAUGCCAUAAUGUCGGUAUGCAGUUACCCAUGCUUCGGGGUCCAUAACACCCCAAGGCGAUAUUAUGUCGGUAUGCAGUUACUCAUGCUUCGGGGUCCCUAACACCCCAAGGCGAUAUUAUGUCGGUAUGUAAUUAUCUGCGCUUUGGGGUCCCUGACACCCCGAUGCCAUAAUGUCAGUGUACAGCGAGCGCCAUCUGUGCUUUGGGGUCCCUGACACCCCGAUGCCAUAAUGUCAGUGUACAGCGAGCGCCAUCUGUGCUUUGGGGUCCCUAACACCCCAAGACGAUAUGUCGGUAUGCAGUUACCGAUGCUCUGGGGCCUCUGACACCCCAAUAUGAUAUCAGAUGUGUGAUACCCUCAGAAUUCUUCAUUUACCAUCAGAACUCUCUAAUGACAGACGUAAUGAGUUACUUCAAAAAUAUGGAGCUGUUAAAACACGAACCUUAAGACCUUCUAAGAAGUACACUGUAACUUUUGCAAAAUUCAAAUCACAACAAGCAGCUACAGAAGCAUUGUUACGUUUACAUCAAUUAAAUGUAAGGGGGCAAUAUAUAACAGUUGAGUUUGCUAAGAAAUCUAUAUCAGUAGAGAAUUCAGAGCAAAAUGUUGAUAAUAACAAACUUAUAAAUGAGGAAAAUAAGAAGGAAUCUAUAAGCAAAUCUAACUUUCAAGCUUUUUUACAAAAAUUAAACAGUUGGACUAUGAAUCAAGUCUUUACUCAACCACCUCCACCAAAUAUACAAUAUAAAUAUUCAGCACCAACCAGAAGUACUUUAGCAAGAAUAGCCAUACAGUUAUUGAAAGAACCAGCUUUUUACACACAGGUUUUACACUUAAUGAACAGAAUGAAUUUACCACCUCCCUUUGAAGAACUGGAAGCAGAAUUUCCAGCACUGAAAGAAGUUUAUGACAUGGAAAAAUAUAAAGAUAUAUUUGGUAAAGAAAUUCUAUAUGAUAAAGAGAAUCAAGGUAUCUAUGAUGAAGAAGUAGAAGAGGAUGAAUCUGAAAUGGAAUCUAAUGAAGAAGAUAACACAAAACCUUUAGAAAUUAUUCCUGUUAAAAGAAAACGUACGCAAUCGAGUAAGCGUCUAAAAAUUCCGAAAUUUGUUAAUCCUGCUAAACAAAUUAUACCCCAAAGUUCCACACAAAAGGUUGUAAAACCAGAAGAUAUGUUUGAAUCAGUACAACGCGGAGAAACAAAGAAUCUUAAAAUUGAAUUAAAAACCGUGGAUAAAUUAUUAGAUUCUUCAAAUAAGGAAGAGAAUCCUGUUCCUGAAAAUACAACAGAUAGUGGUUUUGGGUUAAUGUUCCCAGCUUCCAAAGAUCCUGAAACGAUUGAAACUAAUGAAAGUACUGAAUACGUUCAGCGAGAAAUAAUUACAUCUGAAGAAUUAGCAAAUAAUAGAAUAUCAACUAAUGAUCAAAGGUUACUUCCUGUAUUUAAAAAUUAUCAUCCUGGCAAGCCAUCAAAUCGACUGUACAUAAAGAAUCUUGCAAAACAAAUAGAAGAGAAGGAUCUUCAUUUCAUUUACCGAAAAUAUGUGAUACCUGACCUAAAAACAGACCAUGAAUACGACGUGCGUCUUAUGCAAGAGGGUAGAAUGAAGGGACAAGCAUUUGUUACUCUACAGAGUAUAGAACAGGCACAAUUAGCGCUUGAUGAGACCAAUGGUUAUAUUUUAAAGGAUAAACCAAUGGUUGUACAAUUUGCUAAAGCCGCAAAAAGUUAACAAAACUAAUAUCUUUUUAUUUAUAUGUAUUAUUUUAGGUAACGGUACUUUUAAUAAAAAAAAGCAUUUAUUACAUUU